AUGCAGACUUACGUUAAUACAGGGCCAAACGGAAUAUACACGCGGGCAAUAGUUCAUACUCCAGAUAAUUCAGAUAACAAGUUUGCUGGAGCUGGAAUGAUAGCUACGAUAUGGAAUGUUGAUGCUCAGGGUCAACAAAAUAGUGCGUGCAGAAUGAAGAUUCAAAAAGGAUCGGAUAAACUACAAGUUGGUUGGAGAGUGGAUCCAACAUUGUAUGGGGACAAUAAUCCUCGGCUUUUUAUACAUUUCCAAGCUGGAAAUACGCAAUGCUUCAACACACUAUGCCAUGGUUUUAUAAUAGUAAACAGUGAUAUACAUCUUGAUCAAGUACUUACCCCUGUUUCUCAGAGAAGGGGAAAACAGUUUGCAAUUACUGCGUACAUCACUCGGGAUCUAAUAAAUGGAAACUGGUGGCUUCUACUUGGAACCGAUCAAACAGCUGUUGGUUUUUGGCCUCCAAGGAUUUUUAGGGAAUUAUCAAAUGACUUUGCUACGAAUGUUGAAUGGGGAGGAGUGACAUAUACUCCACCAGGUGUAUCUUUUACUCCAAUGGGCACUGGUUUUUGGCCUCAUAUUCCAGAUCCUACGCUUGAUGCUUAUUGUAGGGGACUUAUAGUUUUAGAUGAUAAAGGAGAAGGGACAAAUGCAAACGAUACACCACAACUUCUAGAUAAUGAAUUUUUGUAUCGAAUCAUUGAGGAAUCACAUAUUGUAUAUUACGGGGGACCUGAAGAUCCAGAUGGAGAUACACAUAGGUAGAUGUGUAAAUUGUAAUAUAAUUAUGAUAUAUCUAUUUGAAAAGUUCUAUUGAAUCUCUUGUUCAUUGUGAUGCUGUUCAUAAAAUAA